UCUACCUAACCUUACACUUUCAUCAAUUUGUGACCUUGAAGCUUGACCGGAAAAAAGGUUUUUGUAAUAUCUUUGAUAUUGUUAAAUAUUUCUACUAUAAUUAGUAAUUCAGUAUCAGGUCUCUCAAAGAGAUUAGAAUCGUUAAAAAGUCUCUAAACGCGUGAUAAGUUUUAGUCAGGAACAUUCUUUAUUUUUCGAUCAUUAAAAAAAAUCGACAUGGCAGAUACAGCCGGCAAGGUUAUCAAAUGUCGAGCAGCGGUUGCUUGGAAGGAAAAGCAGCCGCUAUCAAUCGAGGAGAUUGAAGUGGCUCCACCAAAAGCUCACGAGGUUCGACUAAAAGUUGUGGCUGUUGCUCUCUGCCACACUGAUGCUUAUACUUUGUCCGGUUUGGACUCUGAAGGAACUUUUCCUUGUGUUCUUGGCCACGAAGGUGCUGGCAUCGUCGAAAGCGUCGGCGAAGGCGUUACAGAAUUCAAAGCUGGGGAUCAUGUGGUUCCACUCUAUAUUCCUCAGUGCGGUGACUGCAAAUUCUGCAAGUCUCCGAAGACAAAUCUCUGCAGUAAAAUUCGCACCACCCAGGGAAAGGGACAGAUGCCUGAUGGCACCUCUCGGUUCACCUGCAAGGGCCAAACUCUCGCCCAUUUCAUGGGAUGCUCAACUUUUUCUGAAUAUACUGUUGUCGCUGAUAUUUCUCUCGCUAAGAUUGAUCCAACUGCUCCAUUGGACAAAGCCUGUUUGCUCGGAUGUGGAGUGCCAACUGGUUACGGUGCAGCUCUAAAUACAGCUAAAGUCGAAUCAGGAAGUAGUUGUGCGAUUUGGGGAUUAGGCGCUGUGGGCUUAGCAGCUGCAUUUGGUUGCAAAACUGCUGGAGCUUCGAGAAUAAUCGGUGUCGAUAUUAAUCCCGAAAAAUUCGAACAAGCGAAAAAGUUCGGAUGUACCGAAUUCGUGAAUCCCAAGGAUCACACGAAACCGAUUCAGGAAGUCUUGAUCGAAAUGACUGACGGCGGUCUUGACUAUACUUUUGAAUGCGUUGGAAACGUUCAAACUAUGAGAGCGGCUUUGGAAUCUUGUCACAAAGGUUGGGGUACAUCGGUAAUUGUUGGUGUAGCCGCUGCUGGUCAAGAGAUUAGUACUCGUCCAUUCCAAUUGGUCACAGGAAGAGUUUGGAAGGGAACAGCUUUUGGAGGCUGGAAAUCCAAAGAUAGUGUUCCAAAACUCGUGAAGGAAUACCAAUCAAAAAAAUUAAUUCUAGACGAAUUUAUCACCCACAACCUACCAUUUGAUAAAAUCAAUGAGGGUUUUGAUUUGCUCCACGCAGGAACCUGCCUACGAGCUGUUCUCCAUUACUAGAAGAUUUUUCAAAACCAGGAAACGUAAUAUGAUCGUAUUUUCUACAAUUUAGAGUUUAGAUUUCUAUAGGUGCGUUUCUAUUUUUAUAAUGAAACAAUGUUUUUUAAUAUAAUUUCGAUAGCAAUGUACGAAAUGUGAUGCAUACUUUGAAAUAGAAUUUGAUGUAAAAAA